AUGUCUCAAACUUCUUCUCAGAGUCCAGAUAGCUGGAUCGGAACUUUCUGCAACCUGGUCGGCCAUGAAUAUUUUGCCGAAGUCAGCGAAGAUUUCAUCGAGGACGAUUUCAACCUGACGGGAUUGCAAGCCCAAGUCCCCAUGUACAAGGAUGCAUUGGAAAUGAUACUUGAUGUGGAACCAUCAGAAACCAAUUCGUCAGCUCUGUCAGAAGAGGAGGAGGAAGAAGAGGAAGAAGAAGACGAUGGCAUUCUGGGCGAUGAAUUGGACGAGCCAACUGCGAAUCAAAACGGGGCAUCGAGGCGACAAUCCGGAGGCCCAGCAGGCGGUAGAAGACAUGGUCGGACCUCAUCUGAUACUUCCGUUAUUGAGUCAUCUGCGGAACUUCUGUAUGGUCUGAUACACGCUCGGUACAUCACGUCAAGACCUGGGAUUCAACAAAUGAUGGAGAAGUAUGAAUUGUCACAUUUUGGCUUCUGCCCUCGGGUGUAUUGUGCCGGGGCAAAAGUGUUGCCGGUCGGUCUGACGGACACCCCUGGGCAACAGACAGUCAAACUCUUUUGCCCGAGCUGUCUGGAUGUCUACACUCCCCCGAACUCUAGAUUUCAGGCCGUCGACGGUGCCUUUUUUGGGACGACGUUUCCAUGCCUGUUCUUCAUGUCCUACCCAGACUUAGACGUGGCCCCAAUUAAGAAACGAAAUCCCCGAGAUCCCAGCGGCCAAGGGAAUGAUGAUCUCGAAAGCACCUUGAGUCCCAAUGAAGGGAAUGCCACGCGUGGAGGCAUAACGGCCAGUCGAAGUUCGAGCCUGACCCUACCUCAGGCCCCAGCGAUUCCUGGUAUCACAUCGACCAAGGACGAGAAGACCUCUCUCUCCGCGAUGACUCAGAACACUUUACCUCCGCAACCAGCAACGAUCAAUGGAAUCGCCACCCACAACCUUGCACCUGGUUUAGGGAAAGGUAAGAUCUAUGAGCCCAAAAUUUACGGCUUCAAGGUGUCGGAACGAGCGAAGAGCGGACCCCGGAUGCGUUGGCUCCGGUCCAAACCUCUAGACAUUAAUGAACUCGACGAAGCAAGACUAUGGCAUGAACGAUAUGGUGGCACAGUGGACGGUGACCCUGACGAAGAAUUGCGGCGCCUACCAGGAGGAACACAGGACAACGAAGAUGUUGACGACGAUGAUGAAGAGGAGGGAGAGGAAGAGGAAGGGGACGACGGCGCUGGAGAAGGCGCUGACCAAGACGGAGAUGCAAUUAUGGCCACCCAGGGCCAGAGUCAGACGCCCAUGGCUCAAAGCAGUCAGCGGGGCAAGUCAAAACGAGAGCCUGAUGCCGAUGGGGAUGCGUUAAUGGCUAGUCAAAGUCAAGGCGGUGGUCGAGGCAAAUCUCGACGGAAGCCAGGGACAAGGGGUCAAGGAGUUGACGUCUCUGUGCAACAAAGGGGCGAAGGAAAUUGGAUAUGA